AUGAAACAUAAAGAAGCAAAAAAUGAUUAAGUUUAAACAUAAAGAAAUGCAGUUUGUAUAUUAUAUCCUUAAGAUGAAUAGGAAGUACAAGGCAUAUUUUCAUUUACAUAAGAAGCAGCAUAAUAACCAGUAAAGAUAGUAGGAUCACUAAAGAAUCUAUAACCAAACUAAGCUCAUGGAGUAAGUAUACAUGAAUAUGGUGAUUUCUACGAAAUAGGAAACCACUAUAAUCCACAUAAUAAAUAACACGGAAGUCCAUACUAUUCAGAAGAAAGACAUCUUGGAGAUUUAGGAAAUAUAAAAGCUGACCAAUUUGGAUUUGGAUAUUAUACUUUGAGUAAUAAUUAAAUAAGCUUAUUUGGGGAACUUUCAAUUUUAGGUAGAAGCUUAGCAAUUCAUAAAAAUUAAGAUGAUAUGGGAUAAGGAGAAAGCAAAAUUUCUUUAGUUAAUGGAAACUCUGGAAGUGUUGUUGCUUGUGGAAUUAUUGGAAUAGCCUCUAAAUUUAUAAAUUUAUAAGCUAAAUGA